UGGGAUAAAAACACGUUAAAAACCGGUCAAAAACUCCGAAGUUUUUAACGGAGCCCUAGUCCACAACUAUGUAAGUAGCGAAACUCGUAAUCAUCUAUUUGACAUUCCAUACCGAACGUAACUCUUUAGGUACCCUUCUGACUUCAUGUUCGACGCUGCCAGGAAAUACGUAUACGACCGGCGUCGUGGGCUAUUUGAGACAUCGGUUGUGUUCUGUGGAGCGUAUGCUGUGAGCCGCUAUGUCAACGAGAGAUUGGAGGAAGUUAAGGAGAAGGUUGUCAGAGAAAGAGCUGCUCGAGAGGCACUCCGAAGACGCUUUCAGAGUACCCACGAUGAUGCAUGCUUCACUAUCAUGGCACUUGUUCCUACACUAGCUGAGCAAAUCCUCGAGGAGAUGGAUGUUGAGUCCCUUACCAACGAGCUUCAAUCUCUGUCACGCACAUCUCGUCCUCGAUCCCGCUUUCAACAACCAGAGUCUCAUUCUGAGUCCGAAGUAAGCUCCGCCUCAGAUGUGCAUUCAGAUGCCGGGUCUGCGUCAUUGUCGUCCUAUUCAGGCAUUGAUGGAGAAACGUCAUCGAAUAUGGCAGCUUCGACAGGCAGCUGGGUCGAUCGCUUUUCUAGCUCCUCAUCGCACAGGAGCGAACAAUUACAGCAACCCCACGAUUUCCUCGCCUCUGCUGGUAAUCAACUUUCGGACUCCAUUACCACCGCUAGUUCAUCGCUGAGCUACAAUCCUGGCGCUCCUUUUCAUGAAGCACGGGCUUCUACGUCUACCUCCAUGAGCGAGAGUAGCACCCGAACAAAAGCACAAUUGUGGAAGGAAGUAAAAAUAUUAACACUGACCCGUACACUGACGACACUCUACACGACUACUUUGCUGUCCCUCCUCACAAGCAUACAGCUAGCCCUUCUAGCUCGCGAACGUUACAUAACCUCGAUCCUUUCUACCGAACGCGCCGAACGCAUCCGCGAGGCGGCGCCAACGCUUUCUGGUCUUAUCUUCCGGGAGGCUGUAUCUCGUGUUGUUGACGUGGAGGCGAUAUGGCCGGCAUGGUCUGGCCAAGAGGACUGGGAUGAAGAGAUCGAAGGCGUGUCGGAGGAGACUGAGAUGCGCUUCUUGACACUUAGCUGGUGGAUACUACACGUAGGGUGGAAGGAUGUAGCCGCAAGAGUGCGAGGUAGUGUCGAAGCCGUCUUCGAGGAAGUAUCUCUCAAGACGAAAUUGUCACCUUCUGAGCUCCACGUUCUGAUCCUUGAUGUUCGACGACGUGUUGAAGGGGAUGGUACUAGUGAUAAUAAAGCGAGCAUUUCUGGCCGCUUUCUCAGCUCCCUCCUUCCACCAACUCUCGAAACGACAGCCCACGUACUUGCACAAGGGGGUGCUAUCCCUCAAACUCCUUCUGAAUCCUCACUCCAGCCUAGUUCUUCCAUUUCGUCACUACGCGAGAACGACGACUCUCCACCAAUCGCUGGUCCCACGCCUCGUGUAGGUAUCUUUCCAACCCCGCCCUCAUCCAUUCCCGCCUCUUCUCCAUCGCCAACCUCCAGCCAACACGCCCAAAACUCAACGUCUACACCCCCAACAUUGCAACCCCGCGCCGAGCUCAACGACCCAAUAUUCUCCUCUCUCCUCACGCAAACCAGAGCAUAUUUGGCUGGUCCAAAUUUUGCUUACGCACUCAGCGCUGCGCUUGACCGCGCCACGGUGGUGCUGGUCGACGGACUCCGGGCCAAGGUAUUCGUAGACUCGAGCACGACGAACUUCCCGGAGGGUUUGUCUGCGACCGACCCGAUUGAUUUGACUGUGGAAGAAGAAGUGAAGGAGGAGAUUAAGAUACGGCUGGCAGGCCUUUUGCCUGGACUGGCGCGGUGGAGCCAGUUGGCGCUGAAUGCUGUGCCGAAUGAAUUGGUAGAUAAUGUCAUGGCAGUGCGCGAACUCGGUGCGCUAGAGGCAAUCGUCAUGUCAGAUUAUGAGGAUCGAUACUCUAAUUGAUGAAAAGGAAUGAAAUUCAUAUGCUACCUUUUUGUACUGACGAAUAAUGACAUGUAUGCCUCGCGGAUAUCUAUAAGCUCCUUCGAGUUGUUCGUUAACGUUAGCGAUCCAGGUAUAGGGAAACGCCUGUGAAAUCCGCGAGGGAAGGAAAUAGCAGAUAAAAAUAUAAAACAGACUUGCACCACAUUGACUGGCUCGUCCUCAAUUGUCGUCGUCCACGCAAUCGCAACCAAGAAGCUUUGCGUCAUAUGUA